CAAACUUGGUUGUGCCAAUGUUUUGAGACCUCUUUGGUUGCAGGAAUGAGCUCUUCUCACUGUCGAAGGAAUCCUCACAGGACCCGUCGCACCAUUUUGGAAGUUCCUUCAGAACUUAAACCUGCUUCAGGUGACAAAGCUUCCAUCUUGCAUAGUAAAGGAACCACUGUGUCUCAAUAGCUGAAUUCUGCAGAAUCACAUAGACGGAGAACAAAUGCUCUUCCUGACUUGUCAGCUUGUUUACAGAAAUCAAGACAUCAACUAAAUGGACCGGUGUUUUUAAAGUCACAUGAACUUGAGGUGAUGGUACCUCAAAAAAGGACCACCCCCAAAUGUCGAUCAGAGACAUCAAUUAUGUCUCGUAAGGGAAGAAAAAAGAAAGUCAUUCAACCCAGUGAGAAAGAAGUAGCUGGUAGCAAAGCUUGUUCAGACAGACUGGACCAUUCUGAAAACAAUUCUUGCCCAGAACAACACUUGCACUCUCAAAAAACCAAAGGGACACGUAAUCGACACUCUAAAAAAACUCAAAACAGUCAGACCCCCUCUGAUGUUUCUACAGGGCUUCACACAUGUACUACAGCUCCUCUUCUCGACAAGGAGAUCUCCUCCUGCCACACUAAUGGUGAUUGUAGGUUUAUACCACGCACCCCGAAACGGGGCAGGCCCCAGACCAGGCCUCUCUUCAGCUCCACACCGACCUCAGACAUCCAACCCCUAUCUCUAAAAAGAGCUAAGAAUAGUUUAACACAACAUCGUCAUCAGAAUGCCAAUGAGUCCAGUGGAGUAAAGACGCCUCCUACAGACGAUACACCGUCUAGACCUCAGAGGCUUGUGGCAACAGGGAAGCCAAGAGGUCGCAAGAAAAAGAACAUGGAGGAACAGCUCAUUGUCUCUCCAUCAGUGAAACAAUGCAGGAAGAGUGUAAAAUCUGAUCUAGAAUCUCCUCAGGAAGAGCCAGCUGUUGAGACCCCGCCUCCAAAUGAAGCUCACGUUACAAACCAGAUGCAAGAGCCACAGGAAUCAGGGCUUCACACAUGUACUACAGCUCCUCUUCUCGACAAGGAGAUCUCCUCCUGCCACACUAAUGGUGAUUGUAGGUUUAUACCACGCACCCUGAAACGGGGCAGGCCCCAGACCAGGCCUCUCUUCAGCUCCACACCGACCUCAGACUUCCAACCCCUAUCUCUAAAAAGAGCUAAGAAUAGUUUAACACAACAUCGUCAUCAGAAUGCCAAAGAGUACAGUGGAGUAAAGACGCCUCCUACAGACGAUACACCGUCUAGACCUCAGAGGCUUGUGGCAACAGGGAAGCCAAGAGGUCACAAGAAAAAGAACAUGGAGGAACAGCUCAUUGUCUCUCCAUCAGUGAAACAAUGCAGGAAGAGUGUAAAAUCUGAUCUAGAAUCUCCUCAGGAAGAGCCAGCUGUUGAGACCCCGGCUCCAAAUGAAGCUCACGUUACAAACCAGAUGCCAGAGCCACAGGAAUCAGAUCAAAACAUGUCUUCUGACCUCUGCUUUGAGCUCAGUGUACAAGAGAAGCCUCAUUCUCUUAACCACUCUCUCCCCGUGGAGGAGGAAGACGACCUAGAUGAUGAUGAGGAGCUGUCCAGCUUUUUGCAACUGGACAAUAAAAAGCCUUUGUCAAUCUCAGAGGGACUUUGCGUGUGGUGCAAACUGAGGAAAUAUCCCUACUGGCCUGCAGUGGUUAAAAGUGUAACUCGCAAGAACAAAAAAGCCAGCAUUGUAUUUAUUGAUUGUUUCCUAAUCGACCAGAAGAGAAUUAGAAAAGGGUUUUCUGUUUCCCUGCGAAAAUUAAAGCCUUUUGAUUGUGAAGAAUGUGAAUAUUUGGUGGACAUUGCAAAAGAGAAGUAUGGCAAUGCUAUUACUUGGUCUCUGGAACUGAUAUCAGACUAUAGGAUCCGCAUUGGAUGUCGAUCCUUCUCUGGAUCCUUCAUCGAAUACUGUAGUGCUGAUAUCAGUUGUCCAGUGCGGAGGAGGUACUCCGAGGGGAAAUCUGUGCUCACCUGCCCCAGUCAGGAGAUUCUGGGCGAGAAGUGUGACAGCUCUGAUAAAAACAUGGAGGACAUCAUCGUGGAAGAGCAAGAUGAGCUUCUCUCCAAGAAAGUGCUGCCCGACCGAUCCAAGGCUGCACGCAACCAUGCCAACAAGCAGUUGGUUGACUUCAUUAUCAGGCGAAAAGUUGAAAACCGCUUAUUGGCAGUCAUUAGCGGUCGUGAGUCCUCUAAAUGGAUGCAAGCCCUCCAGAAGCCUUCUCGCCCAGUGGUUAAUGUCCACCUGGAAGAUGAGGAGCAGGUUGAAAAGGUUUACCGCUACCUGAGCACAGUCUGUGAUAGUGCCCCUCAAAUAAACACCUGUCUAGAAAACAUCCAGGCCGACCGGAUCAGCCUUAUUCUUGAUGUGCUUCUGCCCGAGGCCAUAAUCUAUGCCAUUGCUGGAGUCCAUAAGCUUUCCCUGGAGAAGGCAGAGGAGAAGUAUCGCAGAGGGCCGUGCUUUAGUAACAGAGAAAGACAGGAGUUUGACAUGAUGAUUGAACAGCAGAUGAAGCUCAAGGAAAUCACCCGGCAUCAUGUGCAGUGAUGGCCCCUCUAUUUUAAAAAAUUCAUCUUUUUAUGAAAAGAAAUGUUUUCUUCAAUAUAUUGUCUUCCUAAUCACAGUAUAUAAGAAAAUUAAUUGAAUGAUGGUUGAACUGAAUGAUUGUUCAUGACAAAAAAUAUUUCGCUGUUGAUUGUUAAUUAAUCUGAUAUUAAAUGUUUUUAUAUCAAAUCUCUGAGACUUUAUGAGCUGAAUGGUAAAUCUAUGAUGCUAAAGUCAGCAAAAUAUGGUGCUUUUAAUGUGUGCUGUGUAUUAUAAGUAAAUGCCUUGUGCUAAUACAUGAAUACACAAUUUAAAAAAUAAUGUAAUAUUCCUGAUUAACUAAAACACAUGUUUGUUACUUGUUUUGAAAAUGGUGUUUGU